CCCGUAUAGGACGGAUAGCUGUUUUUUAAAUUAACUGAAUGGCCGGUCAACCACCAUAUUACGUUCCUUCGUGGCAACAGCCAGGACAGCCUGUUCCGCCAUACGGUCAGUCAACUCCACCAGGACCUCCGACACAUCAUUCAGCCACACCUAUGGGUCCGUACAAUCCACAAGCAGGUAAUCCUUCGCAACAAGCAGACAUGGCGUACCCACCAGACAUGGCAUAUCCACCAGGCAUGGCAUAUCCACCAGGCAUGGCAUAUCCACCAGGCAUGUCAUAUCCACCGCAACAACCGAACACGCCAUACCCACCUGGGCCACCGUACCAAGUAGGUGUGCCAUACCCUCUUUCUUCUGCAACUGGACCAGUCGGACACGCUGGCACAGACAAGAAACAUAAACAUAAGAAGCAUAAGAAAGAAUACAAAGAUUACAAUGAUCCAAAGAAAUUGGAAAAGAAGAUGAAGAAAGAAGCUAAGAAAAAGUUGAAGGGUAGUCACAAGAAGCAUUCGUCCUCCAGCAGCAGUAGCAGUUCAUCUGAUUAAUUAAUUGCGACUAAUUUUGUGUACACGUGAUGCGAUAUUUUGAAUGAAUCAAAUACACAGCU